CUCCAGACUGGUCCCUUCAGUCACAUUGUUACUAUUCUGGAGCGGAGCUCCUCAGCCCUAUUACUGUAUUGCAUCUUUAUCUUCCUCUUGCUAAAGCGGUUGCAAGAGACUGUAGCACAGACAAAAAUAGGCCAUGGGCACAUUCCUUUUGCUUCACACCUGUUAUGCACAUGUGGAAACUCUUUCUCCAAUAUACUAGGAACUCCAGGUAAAGACCAACUAAGAUUAUCUUUUAUUAUGCAGAGUCUUCCGCUCCUACUGUGCCAGGAAGCAGCACUUCCACCACUUAUAAUCCACUUAUAUAGCAGAUGA